AUGUCGUCAGCUACGUCCUUUUACAACUUCGAGCCAGUUGAUAAGAAAGGAGAGCCGUUCCCCCUCGCCUCGCUGAAAGGCAAAGUAGUCCUUGUUGUCAACACUGCGUCAAAAUGCGGCUUUACACCACAAUUCGCCGGCCUUGAAGAGCUCUACAAGUCAAUCACGGCCUCCCACCCAGAUAAAUUCACCAUCCUAGGCUUCCCGUGCAACCAGUUCGGCGGCCAGGACCCCGGGAGCAACGAUGAGAUCCAGUCCUUCUGCCAGGUCAACUACGGCGUCACAUUCCCCGUGCUCGGCAAGAUAGACGUCAACGGCGAUAACACUGCGCCGGUGUUCAACUGGCUGAAGAAGGAGAUGCCUGGUCUCAUGGGCCUGAAAAGGGUCAAGUGGAACUUUGAGAAGUUCCUGGUCGAUGCGGACGGGAAGGUCGUCGGCCGAUGGGCGAGUACCACAAAGCCAGAGUCGCUCAAGGCUACCAUCCUGGAGGAGAUCGAGAAGGCUGGAAAGAAGUCUCAGCUGUAG